UGCAACGCAAUGUGUCGCUAAAACUAAAAUAGAACCAUGCAUGUUGCAUUAUUUAAUUAUUAUUUCAUAGUUUGCUUCUAUACGGUAGGCGUUUUUGUGGCAACGUAUCUGUUAAACGUGUUGUACAAUGUGUCCAGCUUUAGCAACCGCCAUGUGUUGCCAAGCAAAUCAAUGUAUGAUUAUAUCAUCGUUGGUUCUGGAACAGCCGGAUCGGUGAUCGCCUCCCACAUUCCUGCAACCAAUGUACUGGUCCUGGAGGCCGGUUCUAUGAGGAACAUGUUCAUGGAUGUUCCGCUGUUUAUGCCUCUUAUCCAAGGAUCGGAGUAUGAUUGGCAGUAUGAAACGGAAUCACAGGUCGAGUCCUGCUGGGCAAUGCAGGAAAACAAAAGUUUCUGGCCAAUGGGAAAAGUUGUUGGUGGAACACACAUGCUUAAUAAUAUGGUGCACUAUAUAGCUGGGCCGAAAGAUUUUGCUACCUGGUUCGAAGAACCCUAUGAUUUAGAACGUUUUAUGCAAUUCUUUGAACAAACUUCUUGGUCCAAAGCACAUUCCGUCGAAGCAGGAGGGUUCCAUACCAAACUUGGAGAAGUUUUCAUGAAUUCCGCCCGAGAAAUGGGUUUUAAUCAACAUGCAUUUUUCCAGCCGUUACUAACGACAAACAAUGGAAGACGUUGGUCUACGAGCCACAGCUAUGAGGUACUUCACAGACCCGGUCAUGAGCUUGUGACAAACUGUUUGGUGGAGAAAGUUAUCGUCCAUGAUGGCGUUGCGAAGGGCUUGCGUGCCUCGAAGGCCGGCCAAACUAUCGACGUGUAUGCAAGAAAAGGAGUAAUUCUAACGGCUGGUACGGUGGGGUCCGCCAAAAUACUACUGCACAGUGGGAUCGGCCCGAAAUCUGAGUUAGAAACGCAUGGGAUUGAAUCGGUUGCAGAUCUCCCGCUCGUAGGGAAAAACUUGCAAGACCACAUAGGCACAGGGUCAGAGUUAAUGCUUUCCGGGUCAACGUUAAACUUAUCGCCACUCAACUUAAUACAUCCGCAAAACUUAUGGCGCUAUUUUUCGCAAAAUCCACAUCACUCAUCACUUGCUUUCGGUGGCUGUGAAGCAGUGGGUUUCAUUUCUCUUGGGAGUAACUACAGCAGUGAUCUUCAAUUUAUGGUACUACCGGCAGGCAUUAGUUCCGACGGAGGUGUUCACUUGCGAAAGCUGGUCAAUUUUCGGGAGAGUGUGUGGAAAGAUUAUUUUGAGCCAUUGUUAAGAGCUGGCCAGUCGAUGGUCACCGUUUUGCCUAUUUUACUGCACCCAGAAAGCACAGGAGAAAUAAUCCUGCGAAGUGCAGACGUGUGGGAUGCACCAAUUAUUAAUCCCAAAUACUUAACCGCCAGGAAAGAUGUAGAUGUUUUACUUAAAGGUAUUCGUAUAUUGCAACAACUAACCGAACAGCAAUCGGCACGUGAGAUGAAGCUGGAAUUUAACCCAAAACCAUUUCCCGGUUGUACGAACUAUCGCUACGACAGCGAUGACUAUUGGGAAUGCUAUAUCCGUUCCGUUACCCACACAAUCUAUCAUCCGGUGGGAACAUGCCGAAUGGGCAGUAGCAGUGAAGGUUCGGUUGUUUCUUCAACUAAUCUGCAAGUUCACGGCAUACAAAAUUUGUAUGUUGCGGAUGCGUCGGUUAUGGUGAAUGCUCCCAGCGGUAAUCCUAAUUCGGUGGUGAUGGCCAUAGCAGACUAUUUUGUACAGUCUAAUUUUAAAAACAUGGAACACUAAUUCAUAACAGAUACAUGCUGCUUGUUGCAACAUAGUAAAUGUUCUCAUAAACAGAUAAUAGAGGAAAUAAAUAUUUUGCA